AUGGCGCCCUUGAGGGGGAGGCUGUUGACCUGCUUCUACUGCGGGAGGCGGUCAUCCAUCCGAUACGAUGGCCGGAUACGCGACUUUCUGUGCACCAACUGCGAGGCGACAAACUACCUCGACGAGAAUGGCGACGUCACCGAUCCCCCUGCCCUCGAAUCGUCCACGCCGAAGCGCUUCGCCAAACAGCUACCAUCCCGACCGGCGUCGCCCACAGACAGCGUCUUUUGUGAAAAGUGCCUAAAGAACCAACGCUUGUUCACAAGAUCGCUGGCGCAGUAUUUCCCCGACGACCCAUCUCACCCAGACUACCCCGAGCUGGAGCGCAAAUACUACCGCUAUCGCAAGGACCUGGAGAAACGCUACCCCCAGGUCUGCGCCGACUGCGCAAAAAAGGUUGAGGAGCGCAUAAACCAAGCCGGAUACACGGCAAAAACGGAUCAUCUACGACGGAUGAUGGAAAAAAGCCGAAGCAGGAGGGCUCCUACGAAGACGACCCCCCUUGACGUGGCAAACGCCAUGGGACGAUGGCUGUGGUGGGGAGGCUUUGUUAUCCAGAUCGUCUGGCACGUGGUGAGCGCGUCGUAUAUGCUGGACAAGAACGAGAGCGGCAUGUACGAUCCGGACGACCAAAGCUACACGAAGCAGUUGAUUACAUGGUCGAACUGGCUUCGGGCUUUCUUGCCCUCGGCCGAGACCCUGAUUGGAUGGAGCAUCAAGGCCGGGUUUCUCUCUGCAUGGUGGAAUCCGCACUUUGUGCAGUUCAACCGCGGUUUCACGCGGCAUCUGAUGGGGUUCACGCAGUGGUAUUGCUUCCAGGGCCUCAUCAUCUUCUUUCGAUACAUCUUUCGCUCGGUUCUGGAAAUGCAGGGCGGUCAGGCGCAGUCCGCGGGGGCGCAGCUUAGCGCGCACUUUGCCAUGAUGUGCAUUAUGGCAUUGAUCUACUCCCUUGCUAGGGGCUCGAUCAAGGUUGACACGACCCCCCUGUUUGGCGUGACUGAGCGGACAGUAUCAGCAAAACAUGUGCCUUCUUCGACUCCCAGAAAGAAGAUUCGAGAACCAAGGACGCUCGCCGAGGCUCUGACCGAAGCACUCGAAUCAGCAAACCCGUCACCGGUCAAGACGCCAUCACGGAACCCAUUGCUGGCGCCUCGCUUUAAUCCUCGUCCACACCAGACAACGCACGAUGAGCUUUCCUUCGCCGGCUUCAGCAUAUCGGACAAGUCGCCUCAGAAGCUUGUUCGCGGCCAAGACCCUGAUGCGAUGGACUGGUCCCCGGUGCCAAAGCAUAUGCAAAAGUCUCCCUAUCGCGCAUUUCAGGACGCUCCUGUGUCCCAGCUUGGCUCUCGUCCUUUUGGACAAGCUCCCACGCAGCCUGAUGCAGGGCCAUUCUGGUUCAAGGUACCAUCGGCACCGACGAAUCCGGCUCAGCGACUGCGCAACCCCCCGAAUGCCCCGCUGAUCAAGAGGGCGUUUUCCGUCGAGCCAGUCAAGGAAGAGAAGAGCUUCAGCUUUGGAAGAAGCUUCCUGGACGAGAAACGGGAGGAAGUGCCCCGAGCGAGCAGUGUGGACUUUAAGAGUCCCAGCUUCUUUGCGCCAGAACGCCCCGACGAGACGGAUGCGCUUGCGGAUGCUCUUGGGCAGAGCUUCAGCUUCGAGAGCGUGAUUGGGGAUGACCAGUCGGACUCUGAAGAAACAGUCGUCAACGAAGAGCUUCCUAUUCUUUCGAGCGGAGAAGCGUCGCACAAAUACGAUCUCUACUUGCUAAUUGCCAUCAUCCCGUCUUGGUUCCUCCCUCUGGCUAUUGCGACUCCUUAUACGCGGGAGCUCCGGCUUGCUAUAGUCUCUAUCGCAGGCAUCAUUGCCAUCCGCAGCAUAGGUGGUGCCACUCAGCAGCUCCUGGGUGGCGACUCCAAGUCGUCUAGCUUGGCCAUGUACUUUGCUUCUCUUGCGAGUGUGGUAGAGCUGAGUGCUCUGUGCUGGACGGGCUGGCAGUUGUGGACGAAGGGAUUGGAUGUUUUUCAACAUGGUGCUGGCGUCUUGGCGUUUAUGCUGGCUCAUCAAGCGCUGAGGGGUGUUUCCCUGAGACAAAAGCCAUGA